AUGUCCGACCUCCGCUACAAUUUCCCCAGGAAGCCGCUUGCCAAUCCGGAAGCAAUCGUCAAAGGCUCGACCUACCGGUUCACCGUUCUCACAGAUGGCCUAAUCCGCUAUGAAUGGGCCGAGGACGGCCAGUUCGAAGACCGCGCCUCCACCUUCGCCAUAAACCGGCAACUUCCCGUGCCAGAGUUCAAAGUGUAUGAUUCCGACGACACGCUUGAAAUCGUGACCGGCCGCUUCCACUUGACCUACGACAAGAAGCGCUUCACGCCCAGCGGCCUCCUCGUAGAUGUGCACGGCAAGAUCACGCAGUGGGGCAGCCAGUGGCGGUACGGGCUCCCCGACCGCGCCAACCUGGGCGGGACGGCCAGGACGCUGGAUGAGGCUGAUGGGAGGAUUCCGCUGGAGACAGGGGUGCUGAGUCGGCAUGGUUUUAGCGCGAUCGAUGAUUCGAAAUCUAUGAUGUUUGAGGAGGACGGGUGGGUUGGUAUCAGGAAACCUGGUGAUAGGGUCGAUGGGUAUCUUUUCACGUACGGCACCGACUAUAAAGAGUCGAUGAAGAUUUUCUAUGCGGUCUCGGGAUCACAACCUAUGAUUCCGAGGUGGGCGUUGGGGAAUUGGUGGAGUCGGUAUCACGCUUACAAGGCAGAUGAGUAUGUCGAGCUUAUGGAGAAGUUUAAGAGCUCGGAGAUUCCGUUCUCGGUCGCGGUGCUGGACAUGGACUGGCACUAUGUCCAUGAGGAGAGGGUCACGAGCGCUGGCUGGACAGGCUAUUCGUGGGAUCACCGGCUGUUUCCAGACCCCAAGGGAUUCUGCGAGGAGAUGCACAAGCGGAACUUGAAGGUUACGCUGAACGAUCAUCCUGCGGAUGGUGUGCAUGCGUUUGAGAGAAUCUACGAGGAGAUGGCGAAGGCGUUGGAUCACGACACUUCACACAAGAAACCUAUCCUAUUUGACCCUACAAACAGGAAGUUCUUCGACGCAUUCUUCGACAUCCUGCACCGGGAUCUUGAGAACGAUGGAGUGGAUUUCUGGUGGAUCGACUGGCAGCAGGGCGAAUUCUCGCGGAUACCAGGCCUUGAUCCACUGUGGCUGCUGAACCACUUCCAUUUCUUGGACAACGCGCGUGACGGCAAGCGACCCAUCAUCUUCUCUCGGUAUGGUGGUCCUGGAAGCCACCGAUACCCCGUCGGCUUCUCUGGAGAUUCUGUCAUAAGCUGGAAUUCGCUCGACUUCCAGCCCGAGUUCACAGCAACGGCUUCAAACAUCGGUUACGGCUGGUGGAGCCAUGAUAUCGGCGGGCAUUUCUUCGGAUCCAAGGAUGACGAGCUCCUCACAAGGUGGCUGCAGUUCGGUGUGUUCUCCCCCAUUAUGCGUCUGCACUCGGGUAACAGCGACUGGACGUCCAAGGAGCCGUGGUUGUACCGGAAGGAGUGCGAGGUAAUCAUGUGCGACUUCCUCCGCUUCCGCCACAGGAUGAUUCCCUAUCUGUACUCGAUGAAUGUACGGUCAGCAACCGAGGACGAGCCGAUUAUUCAACCGCUGUAUUGGGAGCAUCCGAAAGUUGGAGAAGCGUAUGAGCACAAAAACCAGUACUUAUUUGGGACCGAGUUGAUGGUCGCUCCGAUCACGUCUCCCAGGAGUCCGGCAACGAUGCUGGCUUCAGUCAGCGCUUGGUUGCCACCAGGACAGCGUUACGUCGACAUCUUCACUGGCACCGUCUACGACGGCAACAGAGAGCUCGUGCUCUACCGUCCGCUGCAUCAAUUCCCGGCCUUGGCACACGAGGGCUCGAUUAUCCCGCUCGAUGCGGCGCUGACGGCUCCCAACGGCGGGCCCAACCCCGAAAGUUUCGAAAUUCUUGUGGUUGUCGGCAAAGACGGCUCGUUCGACAUCGUCGAGGAUAUCGGUGAUGACUCGCUUGAGGCGCACCAGAGCCCAGAUAAGAACAAGCAGCGCCGCACCCCAAUCUCGUACGAGCAGGCCAGCGGGCGGCUUACUAUCGGCCCAGCCCAGUCGGAAGCAGACGCACACGAAACGAAGAGAAGUUGGAAGGUCAAAUUUCUCUCGCACACGCCCGAGAAACCAGAGAGCGUGCACGUGACAUCCUCCGACAAUUCCUCACUCCAGCCGGAACUUGCCACUGAAAGUUUCCCAGCGAGUCCGGGCCUGGUGGUGAAACUGCCACCGGUAUCGUCAGAAAACGAAAUCACGAUUGAUCUAGGCGAGGAUCCCCAGCUGGGUGUUUUGGAUAUCAGAGCUCCGGUCCAUCGCAUGAUCAACGACUAUCAAUGCAACUUCGCGAAGAAGGACCGAAUGUGGGCAGCCAUCAAGGAGGAGGGAUUGCCGCUUGGCUUGAGGGUCAGUCGGCUGAGGGCUGUUGGUAUGGACGAGGAGUUCUUGGGUCCGAUUUGCGAACUACUCUUAGCGGACUCGAGGUUGACAUAG